AGUUAAUUUUCCAGCAUUUUAAUUUCUAGGAAAAUAAAUAACGAAGUAGUUUUUUCCAUGAAGCUUGAACUAAUUGCCAAUUUGCCACUUGGCAUUCGCUGAUAUGUGUUCCCUUCUGCAGUCUCAAAUCGCCGAUUGCGUUGUUCUUCCUCUCCCAAAUCGGAGACCCAGAUGCAAAGUCCCUCCUCUCCUUCGUUUACACUCCGGGAACCGGCAAAUGCUCCAGUUGGCUUCUUCUGCUCAAGCGGCGCCGUUUCUUCAUUGGUGUAACGGAGCUGUUAUUCCGCUCGACGCGUGGUGUCCGAGUCCAACUCAUGCAGCACAAUCAGGCCGCGCGGCUUUCACCGCAUCGCUGCUGACACCUUCGCCGAUUCGGUCUCCGCCACCUCUUUUCUUUUCGUAUGGUUAGUAGACGGUUGUUGGCCUUUCUCCACCUAACUCUGCAAUUUCACACUCUUUAUCCGCCAUGUCUAUCACAAUCUCAAUCAGUUGUGCCUUCUACUCUUUCUUUGAAAUCUCUGAUUAUUCGAUCUUGACGCGAGAUCAGUGGUGGGUUUUCUCUGAUUAGCCCGUUCCUUGAAUAAAGGUAAGAUUUUUCUUGAAAAUUCGUUUUUUUAAGACAUUUUCAUGGGUACUGAGAAAGAAAACCUAGAUUUUUUUUAUUUAUAAGAACUGGUUACAGUGUUCCACUCUCUCUGUUCAGUUGUUCAUAGAUACAAGCUGGUGGAUCAUUAAUCCAACACUCAAGAUGGUCCCAGUCCACUUAAGAAAACCUAGAUUAGGUCUUAUGGGUUUUUGUAUAUUUUCUGUGGUUUGGAUGUAUGUUUAAUGUGUGAACUAUCGGGCCUUGGAUUGUUGUUCAGUAAUUAUUAAUUAGAUCUUCUGUUCAUUAAUGUUGAAGCUCGUUGCUAGGUUGAACGAGUAGCUGGUACUCCUGUGGUAUGUUCUUGCUGAUGUUGUUUCCCAUUUAGGAAUGCAAAGCUUAGAAAGAAAGUACUUUAGUAUACUAUCACCCGAUCGAUUUCCAGUGAAUGCAUGUUGAGGGAGCAAUAAAAGAUUCUUUCAGUUCGGUCUUUCCCAUUCAGUUAUCAGACUAAAUCUCUUAGCCGUCCCUAAAUCUUUGAUUGAUACUUCAAAUGCAGAAGCAAAGGAACUCUUUCCAAUUGCAAACUCCAUCCACCAUCAUCAUGGACACCAACAAUGCUGACGACUAUUCACCAAUUGGUUCUCCGUCUUCCCCCAAGCUAAACAACUACCGCAAAGUCUCAAUCCUCCCACUAGUGUUCCUCAUAUUCUACGAAGUCUCCGGUGGACCCUUUGGAGUCGAGGACAGCGUCAAUGCCGCAGGACCACUCUUAGCUAUCCUUGGCUUCUUCAUCUUCCCAUUGGUAUGGAGCAUCCCGGAGGCCCUGAUAACAGCUGAGCUCGGCACAAUGUUCCCCGAGAAUGGUGGAUAUGUGGUCUGGGUCUCCUCAGCUCUCGGCCCUUUCUGGGGUUUUCAACAAGGCUGGAUGAAAUGGCUGAGUGGUGUAAUCGACAAUGCUCUAUACCCUGUCCUUUUUCUUGACUACCUAAAACCUGCAAUCCCAUCGCUUGAAGACGGCUUCAUAAGGAUGGUGGCGGUUCUCGUAUUAACGGUUAUGCUCACACUCUUGAACUAUAGGGGAUUAACAAUAGUAGGAUGGGCAGCUAUACUGCUUGGAGUGAUCUCACUUCUUCCGUUCCUCAUCAUGGGAGUGAUAGCAUUUCCUAAGCUCGAGCCCUCGAGGUGGCUGGUGGUCGACUUCAGCAAAGUCAACUGGACAUUGUACUUGAACACACUCUUCUGGAAUCUCAACUAUUGGGACUCAAUUAGUACUCUAGCAGGGGAAGUCGAGAACCCUGGUAAAACCCUACCCAAAUCACUCUUCUAUGCGCUUAUCCUAACCGUGUUCAGCUACUUGAUCCCGUUAUUAGUGGGAACUGGUGCACUACCCCUCGAUCAGGAUCGCUGGACCGACGGUUACUUCUCUGAGAUAGCCAAGGUUCUGGGUGGCGUGUGGCUAAUGUACUGGGUUCAAGCAGCUUCUGCAGUGUCGAACAUGGGGAUGUUCAUCGCUGAAAUGAGCAGCGACUCGUUCCAGCUUCUGGGGAUGGCCGAAAGAGGAAUGCUUCCCAAGUUCUUCAGCAAGAGGUCUCGAUACGGGACCCCUUCGAUCGGGAUACUUUUCUCUGCCUCAGGGGUCGUGCUGCUCUCGUGGAUGAGCUUUCAGGAGAUUGUGGCUGCGGAGAACUUCUUGUACUGCUUUGGGAUGAUCAUGGAGUUUGUUGCGUUCAUUAAGCUGAGGAUCGAUUACCCGGGAGCAACAAGGCCUUAUAAGGUCCCUCUUGGGACUGGUGGAGCUGUUGUGAUGUGUGUUCUUCCAGGCCUAUUGCUGCUGGUGGUUUUGGUGAUUGCUCCUUUGAAGGUGAUGGCAGUUAGCGCGGCGGCAAUUGUUGUUGGACUCGUUAUGUAUCCAUCUUUGCAGUAUGCUGAGAGGAAGAAUUGGCUGAGGUUCUCCAAGAAUUCUGAACAUGUAGACCUGCAUUCUUCCUUGACUUCUGUAUAGUGGUACUGAAGAACUCAACUUUGGCAUGUGUCUUUCUUUGAACAAAUGGUAGAAGAGACUUAAAAGGAAGCGCAUUAAAGCACUGUGUAGUUCUGGUUAGUUUAGUUAGCUGUUCCUCUAUUUGUACUAUGUGCCAGCUCUUUGAAAGUUUAGUAAUUUAUUUACUGUUUGUUUUGUAUACUGGGCGUUGCUAUCCUUGUUUGCUGUUUCCAUUAGACUUUGGAUUUGGAAGAAUUGCAUUCAGUCUCUGUUUUUUUGGGGUUUCUUUCUUUAUGUAUGAUGAGCUGCAAACAAGCUGUUGUUUUUCACAGCAGGCCAACUGAUUCAUGCAGAAACAUUUGUCAAUUACCGAUGGAAAUCUGGAACCAGGUAAUACUCCUAUGUGUCCUAUUUGGGGUUUUCCCUUGUACUCGGGAAGGUGGAUAGUAGCCAGAAUUUGUCGGACUUCACAAGUCUUUCCUUUGUCUUCAGGUGAAAACAUCACUAUCAUGUUGGAAUUCACUAGGCGGACUCAAACUUGAAAGAAACAGGCCGAGGAUAG